UCCUUUAAAAAAUUGUAAACUUUGAUUAUAGUCCUAUUUUGAAGACUGAGCCAUUUAUUACAACAAUAAUAAUAACAAUAGUGAUGAUAAUAGUACCACUGGCUGGCAGAGGGGCUCAGGCUGCACAGCAUUGCACAAGCAACAAGAGUACAGAGGCUGAGCAUCGGCAGGGGAUGCAGCAGUGGAAGGGACAGAAAUGUAUUUGGGAGAAGCUGUACAUGCUUCCUAGAUUAUUGGAAAGCUGCAAAAUUACGAGAGAAAUCUGGCAAAGGGAAAAGGGGAGGAGGCCAUGUAGGAAGAAUACUGCCCUUGAGAUACAGGUAAAAACAGCAAGAGUUGCAGUGUGUGAGAGGACAGAAAUAACAGCGGGAGCUCAACAAAAGCAGCGGAUGUAGCAGGGGCUGAGGCAGGUUACUCAUUGAUGAGAGCCUCUGGCUGUGGGCAAGGCUCAGGCGGCCACAGAAAGCCCACAGGGCAGCUCCCAGCUGCGCUACAAGCCUCUGUCCCACCGUCCCCAGCUCAGAGCAAAGCAGAAACUCGAAGCAGACGCUGCUCCCCAAAAGCAGCGCCCAAAAAGAUGCUAGGGCAGGCGCCAUGGGCAAGGCUGUCUCCUUCUGGCCCUGCCGUCCUGCUGCUGGUGCUCUGUACUGGCGUGACCACCCAGGACAUCUGCAGCUCUCCAGGAUUUCAGGUGCAUGGAGGUAACGACCAGACUCCAGUCCUGUACCUCAAUGCUUCUAGUGCCAAGGAGGGGGAAAUAGUGCUGCUUCAAUGUAUCCUUGAUGAGCAGUUUCCUCCUACACGAGUUGUCUUCUGCAAGAAUGGGCUGGAGGAGUUCAUCCUGAAAGCCCAGCAGGGCAGGCUCAUCUAUGCUCUGGUCCUGAACAUCACCUCCAGAAGUGCUGGGAUGUACACGUGUGGGUACCAGCAGAGGAACGAGAAAAACUGGGUGAGGAACUCUGCUCUCAGUGCUCCCUGGACCUUGUCUGUGGCAGGUGCAGGAGGCGGUGAGACCAUCACUGAUAUCCAGAGCUCCACAGGUGAGGACAAGCGUGAGGGUGUGUCGGCUGCAUGGACACGUCCUGCUCCCUGCCUCUCCCCAUCACACCCCGCUGCCCUCACACCCUCUCUCCCCUGGCUCCACAUGCCCGGCUCCCGCACACCCUCCCCACAGGCACGGUGCUGGCAGUGGCGGCCGUCGGCCUCGUCCUCCUGGCUGCAGGCAGCUGGUUUGCCAUCAGGAAAGGUGCCUGCAGAGGGAGAUGCCCAAGGCAUCAGCACGUUGGCAGACCACAGAUGGAAGACACCAACAACGGCGAAGUCCAGUACUCCACCAUCGCCCAUGUUCGACGGGACAGGCCUCGUCCUGUGCAGCACAUGAGUGACACCACGACGUAUGCCACGGUGACCCGCACCCAGACCCGAUAGAGCUGCCACAGGGCAAGGGCACAGGAGCCUUGCCCACAGAUACCUUUGCUCUGUUCAAGAGGGCUUGUGCAGCCAUAACAUGGGGCUGGGGGUGCACUUUGGUCUUCUUUGUUUCUUUUGUUUUUUUUUUGUCACAGGGAAGGGCUGUGAGUGUCUAGCCAAGACGAUAUAGGACUCAUACCUCCAUCUACAAGACAUAAAUACUUCUAAAAUAUAUGAGCUAUACCAAAUCUUACUGUGAGUGUAUUGACUUUUUCUGAAUAAAAGAAAACAUCUUGCUGUGCUCAGUGGAUGUCGUGUAAACCUAAA